AAUGACAUGUACCCACUGGGUAAUUAAUUUACAUUACGCAACAGUAUCUGCAAGGAUUAUAUACGCUUAUCUAUUCUUACUGUCAGGGUUAUAUAUUUUUUAUUUUAAUAUCAUUACUUCGAUGGUGUACUAAUAGCAGAACCUGUGUAACAUAAAACAUCCAACAGUAUGAGUUCCGAAGAGGUAACAGAAGUGGUCGUCCACUCUGAGGUUAGCAAAAGCCAGGAGUCUGUGAAGAAGGCUGCAGACGGACCUCAGGUCAAUGGCACCAUAAAGCCAGUGAAAGAAGUGAGCAGCGAGGACAAACCUGCAGAAGAACCAGUCACAGCUGAGGACAAGAAAAAAGACACAGCAGGUGAGACAGGCGGCACAGAAAGUCCAACAAAAGACACGACAGCAGUAGAAGAGAUCGUCAAGGAUGAGGUCAAGGAUGAAGUCAAAGAUGAGGUUAAGGAUGAGGUGGAUGCUCCAGUAGCACAAGUUCUACCAGAAGCACCAGCUGCAGAAACACAAGCUGUACCAGAAACACAAGCUUCACCACAAACACAGGAGGCUUCAGGGGAAACACAGACUACAGAAGAAGUGAAAGAGGUUUCAAAAGACACUGAACAGACAGAACAGCCAAAAGAAUCAUCAAUUGAGGAUCAGCAGACAACUGAGGCAGUUUCUGUUGUGGUCACUGAGGCACCCGAUGAAGUGAAAAGUGACUCAGAACAAACUGCAGGAGAAGAAUCGGUGGCUGUGUGGUUACCGAGAAACCAUCCGACUCGGCAGAAACCAAGGACAGUGAAAUGGCUCCUGAAUCUACUGAAAGCACACAAGCAGAACCGACAACUGAAGGCAAAGAAAGUGAAGAAACACCAGCGGAAGAGAAGUCAGGAAGUCCUGCCCCAGCUGGCGAGAGCAAAGAUGUGGUCAACAUCACUGAUUCAGUGGAACUCACUGAAGAGGAAAAGGCAUUAGCAGAGUCGUCUCUUCAGGACCAGAUGGCAGAAAAGGAAGUCUUACAGAAGCUUGUUGAUGACAACACAAAGCUGCAAAAGGAUGUUGGUGACCUUGAAGGAGGUCAGGUCACCAAUGGUGAUUUGAUUGUUUCACU